AAUAAAAUAUGUUGAAUUAUAAUAAUGUCUCUUUUUUACGUCACUUCUUAUUUAAUAUUAAACAUAUUGCCAGAUUUUUAUUAGUACAUGGUUUCUACUAGUAUAUAUAUCUAAGCAAGUAUUGUGUGUUGCUUAAGGCAAUCUUGUGUUGUGCCACUAAUUUCUACAACACAUCGGAUACGAAUUAAACGAACAAGCUACAGGGAAGCUGAGAAGCUAAAUACAAGGCUUUCCUUACCAAUAUGGCGGCCUCAGUCGAAAAUCGACAGUUUCGCCAUGAGCCGAGUUUAUCCGCGGCUGGUGUUGUUCGUUCUUUUAGUCCUAACCACAAACGUUCCGAUUCACCCAUCCGUGGGUACACCUACUCGGCUGCUGCUCGAGACUUUACGAUUCCGAAGAAGGUUGUUAUAGAGAGUGAUUCUAGUGAUGAUGAAGACAACGAAGUAGAUUAUCGAGAUGCCAUCAAGAAGGCUAACUCCGAGUUGGAAAGCUCGGUUUUCGACCAACGAGACGUGGGAACGGCGGAUCAAUGGAUCGAGAGAAACCCAUCAAUGGUUCGGCUUACGGGUAAACACCCGUUCAACUCUGAGCCACCUUUGACUAAACUCAUGCAACAUGGGUUUAUUACCCCUGCUCCACUUCAUUAUGUCCGUAACCACGGUCCAGUUCCCAAUGCAACCUGGGAAGACUGGACCGUGGAAAUUUGUGGGUUGGUGAAACGACCUGCUCGUUUCACCAUGGCCCAGCUUGUCAAGGACUUUCCCACCAGGGACUUUCCCACCAGGGAAUUCCCUGUAUCCUUGGUCUGUGCUGGGAACAGACGAAAGGAACAGAACUUGACAAAACAAACAAUCGGGUUCAACUGGGGCGCGGCCGGGAUAUCGACAUCCGUUUGGAAAGGCGUGCCAUUGUAUCACGUGUUGAAAAGAUGUGGGAUUUUUAGCCGGAAGAAAGGAGCACUUAAUGUGUGCUUUGAAGGGGCAGAGGAUCUCCCUGGUGGGGGUGGUUCCAAAUACGGAACUAGCAUAAGUAUCGAGAUGGCAAUGGAUCCAGCUAGAGACAUCAUUUUGGCCUACAUGCAAAAUGGUGAAAAGUUAGCACCCGACCAUGGAUUCCCGGUCAGAAUGAUCAUUCCGGGAUUCAUUGGUGGUCGGAUGGUCAAGUGGUUAAAGCGUAUCAUAGUUACAACCCCAGAAUCCGACAAUUAUUACCACUUCAAAGACAACCGUGUGUUGCCGUCGCAUGUUGAUGCCGAGUUAGCCAACUCGGAAGGUUGGUGGUAUAAGCCAGAAUACAUUAUAAAUGAGCUUAACAUAAACUCUGUGAUUACUACUCCUUGCCAUGAGGAAAUAUUGCCCAUUAACUCUUGGACUACUCAAAGGCCUUAUACCUUGAGGGGAUAUGCUUAUUCUGGAGGUGGGAAGAAAGUGACACGUGUCGAGGUAACAAUGGAUGGUGGUGAAACGUGGAGUGUAUGCACCCUGGACCAUAAGGAAAAACCAAACAAGUAUGGCAAGUAUUGGUGCUGGUGCUUUUGGUCACUUGAGGUUGAGGUUUUGGACCUUCUUGGUGCCAAAGAGAUUGCAGUCAGAGCCUGGGACCAGACCCUUAACACCCAACCUGACAAGCUCAUUUGGAAUCUCAUGGGUAUGAUGAACAACUGCUGGUUCCGAGUUAAGACCAACAUGUGCAAGCCACACAAAGGCGAGAUUGGUAUCGUGUUUGAACACCCGACUCAACCCGGAAACCAGUCUGGUGGAUGGAUGGCCCGUGAGAAACAUCUCGAGAUUUCGUCAGAAUUAGCACAUCCAACUCUCAAGAAGAGUGUUUCAUCCCCAUUCAUGAACACAACUUCCUUAACAUUCACAAUGUCAGAAGUUAAGAAACACAACUCGGCUGACUCGGCUUGGAUCGUGGUCCAUGGACACAUCUAUGAUGCUACCUCCUUCCUCAAAGAUCAUCCUGGUGGCAGUGAUAGUAUACUCAUUAAUGCUGGAACCGACUGCACCGAAGAGUUUGAUGCAAUCCAUUCUGAUAAAGCUAAAGUACUCUUAGAAGAGUACCGAAUCGGUGAACUCAUAACCAUGGGUUAUAGUUCUGACUCGGCUGCAUCAUCACCUAAUAACUCGGUCCAUGGUGCCACAAAUUACAUGAGCUCACAUUUAGCCACAAUCAAAGAAAUUGUGCCUACAAGAAACAUAGCUCUUGUCCCACGAGAAAAGAUCCCGUGUACUCUCAUCUCAAAAACCUCUGUUUCUCAUGAUGUAAGGCUAUUCCGUUUUGCCCUGCCAUCGCAGGAUCAAGUUCUCGGGUUACCUGUAGGCAAGCACAUUUUCGUUUGUGCCACGGUUGAUGACAAGCUAUGUAUGAGAGCAUACACACCUACAAGUACUAUCGAUGAGGUCGGAUACUUUGAGUUGUUAGUCAAAAUCUACUUCAAAGGGGUAGAACCCAAGUUUCCUAAUGGAGGGAUGAUGUCACAAUAUCUUGAGUCAAUGCCACUAGGUUCAUCAAUUGAAAUCAAAGGUCCAUUAGGCCACAUUGAAUACAUGGGCAAAGGGACAUUUUCGGUUCAUGGAAAACAAAAGUUUGCCACAAAACUAGCCAUGUUUGCAGGUGGGACGGGGAUCACACCGAUAUAUCAAGUAAUGCAGGCUAUCUUAAAGGAUCCAGAGGACGAUACACAAAUGUACGUCGUGUAUGCAAAUCGUACAGAAGACGAUAUAUUGCUUUGGGAUGAGCUUGAUGCAUGGGCAGAGAAGUAUCCAGACAGAGUUAAAGUAUGGUAUGUUGUUGCUAAGUCUAUUAGAGAAGGAUGGAAAUAUAGUGAAGGGUUCAUCACUGAGGAGAUAAUGAGGGCACAUAUACCUGAGGUUUCUGAAGAUACAUUGGCUUUGGCUUGUGGACCACCACCCAUGAUUCAAUUUGCAAUAAACCCUAAUUUAGAAAAGAUGGGGUAUGAUAUCAAGAAUUCUUUGUUGGUGUUUUAGAGUAAUUUACUACUACAAUGGAGAAGUGGGUAAAUUUUUAUUUUCACAAUAAAGUCAUCUAUGUAAAUAUACUAUUUCUAUUUUGAAAUCAUCUUUCUAUGUGAGAGCUUAUUAGCAGAAAGUCAUAUUAAUAUAAAUGUGUUAUUUACUUA